GAGCCAUAGCAACUUUGACGCCGCCCACUCGCAAGCAGAUUGUGCGCGUGAUCAUCCUAGUUCCUUGCUAACGAUGGGAAGAAAAAAGAUCCUCAUCAAGCGGAUUGAUGAUGAAAGAAACCGUCAGGUCACAUUCACCAAGCGGAAAUUGGGUUUGAUGAAAAAAGCAUAUGAGCUUAGUAUACUGUGUGACUGCGAGAUCGCUCUGAUUGUGUUCACGAGUUCGCAAAAGCUCUUUCAGUAUGCAAGCUCUGACAUGGAUAAGAUCCUGCUUCGCUACACGGAAUUCAACGAGCCACACGAAUCCAAAACGAAUCGUGAUAUUGUUGAAUUACUGAACCGUAAAGAGAACAAACUUUCUUCCCUGUCGGAUGCGGGUGCCACCAGCGAUAGCAGCGAUCGAAUGUUCCCGUGUGCAGUGGAUCAGCUAUCCGGCUUGGCAACGUCUGUGUUGAACGAUACAAGGAGUCAACCGCUGCUGCAAUGUAACAGCACCGAUUUUCACGGAGUUGACCUAGAACUUCCGUGCACCUCGUCCAAUCCUGUGAUCAGUCGCUGUGGGCAUGAUCAAUUCAAAGAACUCAAACUACAUGGUCCGGAUCGCAACUCCAGUGAUGCGUCCCCUCUGAGUACGUUAGACCGCCACUCACCCUCUCUUUUCCUGACGCCAAAGCACCUCAACAUGAUACCAUCAUCCACUGCCUCACCAUCAAACGUGACAGCAACUCAAGGCAAUGAGCUAAGGUGCCGGACGGCAAAUCUUUCUGGUGACUCUCCUGGUAGCCGAUCCAUGGCCUAUUGUUCCCCGGAUCUUAGUAUGAUGUGUGAUAAUGGUCCCCAGCAUUUUCAUCAGACUGCGCUGCUUCCCGGUGAGGGGAAUCGGACCUUCACUAGUGAAAAGAAUAAUCGGACAAACGGAAACGAAACCGGACCUGUACCGCAGCAGGCAGCUCGACUGUCGGACUUCUCCGUAGCUUCGAACCCCUCCAACUUUCUUUUACCAUGCGACAAUAGAUCAAGCGGUAAUCUGCUAGACAGUGCCAACGAUUUCCUGACCGAUGGGAACCAUUCCGCUUUGCCAACAAUACAAUUUAGUAAUGAUGAAAUGUGCGAUAAAAAAGUGUACCUACAACCGCCACCCUCAGUCAAUGAUUCACGAUCCGACACGUUGUUGGUAAUGCGGCCAGAAAAGCACAGUCCAGGAUCCUAUUCCGAACCGGCUUCACGAUACACAAGUGAACGUGGUUCUCCUCUCCUACGCUCGGGUCCAGCAACCACCGAGACCAGGAACAAGUUGGACAGGAAAUUUCCGUUGGCCGGAAGUGAUAGCAGUUUGAAUUUUGACGUCUUUGCGAAUAACGCGUCGUUUUCCAAAACAGAUCUUCACUCGAAUGCCGUGAUUGGUAAAGGUCAGCUUAUGCAACAACAGCAUCUACCACAGUUCCUCUAUUCUCAACAACUAGACCCUAAAUUUCUUUCCAUUUCCAACUGGAACAAUAGUCCGCCGUUAUCGGCGACACAGAGUGAUAUACAAACACAAGAGCUGAACCUUUCCACCAACAUGACAUUGCAAGCUGGACGACGUACUCUUUCGAAUCAAGACAUACCUUCUUACACGGCAGACAAGAAACGCCUCGGUGAUUUUCUCUCCUUGUCCAACGAUCCUCAAGUCUUUCCCUUUAAUUUGCACAAUGCCGUUAACUUACCAAAGAGAAACUCUCCAAUGCCUCUCAGUAGUGACAUGAACUCAAUUCCGAUGUCAUUGAAUGAUGGGAACAACGGGAACGCAAGUGUUCACAUGAGAACGGGUAUCGCAUCGUCCUCCAACCGUACGGUAGAAACGUCAUCCUCUACAACGUUUCUCAACCUUCCCAUGAACGUUACCCAACAAAACGUUCCGUCCACCUGCGUGGGCUAUCAAACUUUUGCCAAGGUUGUUGCGAGCGAAAACGUUCCUGUUUCCACGCAUUUGAAUGUUCGCCCCUCUUCCGGUCCCGAUUUUCGCAUUUCCCCGCAGUUACAACACAACCAUCCUAUUUCUUUGUGCGACCAGCAACCGUACGACGGGACGAACUCACGGGUCAUGUGUUCGAAAUUGCCGUUUCAAGACGUUGCCCAGCGCUUUACCACCAAUCGAGGACCCGAAAUGUGUUUGGAUUUGCACACAAGCGAAGCUGCCCUUCAAGAAGGAAACCGAUUACUUUCCUUCGAUUCUUCAACUACUCCCAUGAAGCGUAUUCGACAUACAUGAUCUGCUGCACACACACACACAUCUCCAAUCUCCCGGUUUUCGUUUCGAAUUUGUUGAGAACAACAAACCACAUGUCACGCGCCCGAUGUACCUACAUUGUCGUCACUCUAUGCAUGUUUUUUCGGGGAUAAACAUCCGUUAACACACUGAUUCAACUGUGUGAAACAAGAGCUCCUAUCUUAUUAUGAUCUGAUCCAUCUAGGUAUCUGUGAGUAUGUGUUCUUUAGAUUCCCUGCCUCUACCGUUUUACAAUCUAUUUGCUAUUUGACUUCAACAGAUGCUUCUAUCAAACAGAUGUGAUGUAACAAGAGUUGUUUGUACCCACCCCAGUCCAACUCCAUCCAUUCGAAUCUGAUUGAUUCGAUGAAUUUUUAUCGUCGACACCCGUUGAACCUCAGUCCGAAGCCGACCGACCGCACUGUGCUACCGUGAUCCGUGCACUAUUUCUGUUCAUUUUUGUGUCAUUCAAUUGAACAAGCACAUUUUCCUGUCUCUCUGAACCUCUUUGUGCAUUUACACCCUCUGUUGUCCCCACCCUCUAUGUUUAUCAUGCAGACAUCACACCGCUCUUUCCUUGUGGCUACUCCUUGCUUUCGUACUACAUUAUCACAUGUGCUCCCUUCACUCUUAUUAUGUCUUUUUGAUAUCUGCGUGACCCGGUUAAACGGCGCAUGCGCGCACACACACACACGAAGCGGCGGUUGAAGAAGGCUGCUAAUGAUGCUGCUCAGAAUCACCGGUCCAUUCGAUCUCAGGAUUUCUCCAUUCGCCUAUACACACACGCACACGUCCGUUCUAUUGCAACUAUCGCUGUGUCCGUCUCUAGUUUGUGACCACGAAGCACCGCCGUCGCUUUUCGUGUUCCGAGUACCACUACUGUGUGUUGCAUUCGUUCAUGUGUGUGUGUGUCGACCGCCAAUUUAUAGUUGAUCGGUACCUAAUCGACCCCCUCCCUUCUAGAGCCCCAUGAUUCAUCUGCACGAUUACCAGCAACGACCUGUAUGCCAAUUACACCUCCGCGACCCGAGACAGAUGCAACACACACACACACUUUCUUUUAGUUCGUAUUUGCACCUGCUGAGAAAAUUUCGUUUGUUUUUGAUUCACUUAUUUUUAUGCUUUUUCCGUACUGUUGUCAGUCACCAUUAUUAUUCGUAGUGCUGUUCCCUACCCCGUCCCGUUUUCCUUGACGCAUUACUGCGCAUUUGUGCAAUGCGCCCGUCGCUUUCACCCAUUCACUUGGCUGUUCGUUUUCCUCACGGAUCACGUGUCCAUGACAGCUUGAUAUCAUGGCAAAUUGUGUGAUUGGAUGGAUCGGUGGUCUGUACCUGUCUGUCGCUCGUUUGUUUGUUUGUCUCUAUCUCUCACACUCCUCGUCUAUUUCUCUUUAACUUCACGCACUUAAAUAUGUAUUUUCUGAUGUCCUAUUUUUGCGAACCUGGUAUUUAUGUCAUCCUAGCUAUUUGUGAUCAUUCGUCAUCAAGCGCCGUAUCUCAUUUUUGCCCAACGCCUUUUCACUUGCCUUAUUUCUCUCCCUCUGUCUCAAUAUUUUACAGGUCCUGAACACGCGCCUGUUUGUUUGUGAGCAUACGUGUGCGUGUAUGUGUGUUCACCCAUGUCAAAUGCAAUUGUUUCG